AUGAAAGCAGUGCUCAGAGCUUCUCGUCCUGUCAGGAGUGUUGCAAAACAGCGAGUUUCUGGUCCAUUCUUGUCUGUCCCGCCAAGCCUGGGGGCUCUGUCAUUCUCGACAGCUAAACUACGUCCUUCACUACCACCGCUUCCAGAGCCCUCGUUCAUCGGUGUAGACAAUAAGUGCAAGAUCGAAUACAUCGACGUCAAACCAGAGGAUUUGAGUGCUGCGACACCGACGCUGGUGUUGAUACACGGCGCCCCAGGGACGUAUAGAGACUUCCGCCACCUCAUUCCGUUACUAAAAGAGCGUGGCGUUCGAGUGGUUGGCGUCAAUUUGCCUGGCUUUGCAGGCUCGACGAUUCUAGACACGAGCAACUACUACGAUCACAUCAGUGCCUUCCCGUCUGUACAGCUCACAUACAAGGCUAUGCAGGGCGUGUUAAAAGACUCGGACAACGUGUUCGUGCUAGGCCACUCGUUCGGGGGCCAUGCAGCUGUCCAUUUUACUGGAAUUAACGCGGAUGAGCAAGGAAUUAACGUCAAAGGACUGGUUCUCCUCGCUGGAGCGGGGCAUCGGCCGCAUCAAGCUUUAAGUCCCCGUCUAAACGAUUUCCUGUGGAAGAUGCUUCGGUCUGGUGUACCUGUGGUCGAGAGUACAUCGAAGUGGCUCGUCCGACAGCUCUACAUCCGGUCGUUUAAGUUCCCAGACAGCAAACUGCCUGACUACUUCACGGCAGGCAUCGUGCGGUGUGCCACUGCCGACUUCCCGUUGUUCGCCAAACACUUAGAGAAGAAUCGAUCACUGCCGAGUUUCUUGGCCUGGGCUAAAGACGACGCUCUGAUUGAGGAAGAGAUCUUCAUGGAUGUAAGUGCAGUUUGCCAUCCAGGCCCUCGACUAGCCUUCGAAAAAGGCGGACACAAUGUUCAGAAGACCAAAGCUACUUUCUUGGCGGAAGAGCUGACCGACUGGAUGAAUAACGUCGUGCGCGGAAGAGAACAGAGCGAAGUCUACUCCACCAACGUGGAGGUCCAUCCCUAA